UGCUUUGGAGCCGCUCGCGCAUGCGCUUUGGGUACAGCCUCACCGCCGCGCCAUUUUGCCAGGGUUUGAAUGUGAGGCGGAGCAGCGGCGGGAGUGGGUAUUGCCGGCUACAGUCCGCGGCUGGGAUUCCCUCCUGUGUCACCGUAUCCCCACGAGAUUCUAUAGCAAUGGAGCUCAGUGAUGCAAAUUUGCAAACACUAACAGAAUAUUUAAAAAAGACUCUUGAUCCUGAUCCUGCCAUCAGACGUCCAGCUGAGAAGUUUCUUGAAUCUGUAGAAGGAAAUCAGAAUUAUCCACUCUUGCUUUUAACAUUAUUGGAGAAGUCCCAGGAUAAUGUCAUCAAAGUGUGUGCUUCAGUAACAUUCAAAAACUAUAUUAAAAGGAACUGGAGAAUUGUUGAAGAUGAACCAAACAAAAUUUGUGAAGCUGAUCGCGUAGCCAUUAAAGCCAACAUAGUGCACUUGAUGCUUAGCCCUGAGCAAAUUCAAAAGCAGUUGAGUGAUGCUAUUAGUAUUAUUGGCAGAGAAGAUUUCCCUCAGAAAUGGCCUGACUUGUUGACAGAAAUGGUGAAUCGCUUUCAGAGUGGAGAUUUCCAUGUUAUUAAUGGAGUCCUUCGUACUGCACAUUCAUUAUUUAAAAGAUAUCGUCAUGAAUUUAAGUCAAAUGAGUUAUGGACUGAAAUUAAACUUGUUCUGGAUGCCUUUGCCUUGCCUUUGACUAAUCUAUUUAAGGCCACCAUCGAACUGUGCAGUACUCAUGCAAAUGAUGCCUCUGCCCUGAGGGUUCUAUUUUCUUCCCUGAUUCUGAUCUCAAAACUGUUCUAUAGUUUAAACUUUCAGGAUCUCCCUGAAUUUUUUGAAGAUAAUAUGGAAACUUGGAUGAACCAUUUUCAUACCUUGUUGACACUGGAUAAUAAGCUUCUUCAGACUGAUGAUGAAGAGGAAGCAGGCUUAUUGGAGCUUUUAAAGUCACAGAUUUGUGACAAUGCUGCACUCUACGCACAAAAGUAUGAUGAAGAAUUUCAGCGGUACCUGCCUCGUUUUGUCACAGCCAUCUGGAACUUACUAGUUACCACAGGUCAAGAGGUUAAAUAUGAUUUGUUGGUGAGUAAUGCAAUUCAAUUUCUGGCUUCAGUUUGUGAGAGACCUCAUUAUAAGAAUCUGUUUGAGGACCAGAACACUCUGACAAGUAUCUGUGAAAAGGUCAUUGUGCCUAACAUGGAAUUUAGAGCUGCUGAUGAAGAAGCAUUUGAAGAUAAUUCUGAGGAGUAUAUAAGAAGAGAUUUGGAAGGCUCUGAUAUUGAUACUAGACGAAGGGCUGCGUGUGAUCUGGUACGAGGAUUAUGCAAGUUUUUUGAGGGACCUGUGACAGGAAUCUUCUCUGGUUACGUUAAUUCCAUGCUCCAGGAAUAUGCAAAAAACCCAUCUGUCAACUGGAAGCACAAAGAUGCUGCCAUUUACCUGGUGACGUCUUUGGCAUCAAAAGCCCAAACACAAAAGCAUGGAAUUACUCAAGCUAAUGAACUUGUAAACCUAACUGAGUUCUUUGUGAAUCACAUCCUCCCUGAUUUAAAAUCAGCUAAUGUGAAUGAAUUUCCUGUUCUUAAAGCUGAUGGUAUCAAAUAUAUUAUGAUUUUUAGGAAUCAAGUACCAAAAGAGCAUCUUUUAGUCUCUGUUCCUCUCUUGAUCAAUCAUCUUCAAGCUGAAAGUAUUGUUGUCCAUACUUACGCAGCACACGCCCUUGAAAGACUGUUCACUAUGCGUGGACCUAACAAUGCCACUCUUUUUACAGCUGCAGAAAUCGCACCAUUUGUUGAGAUUCUGCUAACGAACCUUUUCAAAGCUCUCACACUUCCUGGCUCUUCAGAAAAUGAAUAUAUUAUGAAAGCUAUCAUGAGAAGUUUCUCCCUCCUGCAAGAAGCCAUAAUCCCCUAUAUCCCUACUCUCAUCACUCAGCUUACUCAGAAGCUGUUAGCUGUUAGUAAGAACCCAAGCAAACCUCACUUUAAUCACUACAUGUUUGAAGCAAUAUGCUUAUCCAUAAGAAUAACUUGCAAAGCUAACCCUGCUGCUGUUGUAAAUUUUGAGGAGGCUUUGUUCCUGGUGUUUACUGAAAUUUUACAGAAUGACGUACAAGAGUUUAUUCCAUACGUCUUUCAAGUGAUGUCUUUACUCCUGGAAACACACAAAAAUGACAUCCCAUCUUCCUACAUGGCCUUAUUUCCGCACCUCCUGCAGCCAGUGCUUUGGGAAAGAACAGGAAACAUCCCUGCCCUGGUGAGGCUGCUGCAGGCCUUCCUUGAACGCGGUUCCAGCACAAUAGCAAGCGCCGCGGCCGACAGAAUCCCCGGGUUACUGGGUGUCUUCCAGAAGCUGAUUGCAUCCAAAGCAAAUGACCACCAAGGUUUUUAUCUUCUAAACAGUAUAAUAGAGCACAUGCCUCCUGAAUCAGUUGACCAAUACCGGAAACAAAUUUUCCUUCUACUAUUCCAAAGGCUUCAGAAUUCCAAAACAACAAAGUUUAUCAAGAGUUUCUUAGUCUUUAUUAAUUUGUAUUGCAUAAAAUAUGGGGCACUAGCAUUACAAGAAAUAUUUGAUGGUAUACAACCAAAAAUGUUUGGAAUGGUUUUGGAAAAAAUCAUUAUUCCUGAAAUUCAGAAAGUAUCUGGAAAUGUAGAGAAAAAGAUCUGUGCUGUUGGCAUAACCAAAUUACUAACAGAAUGUCCCCCAAUGAUGGAUACUGAAUAUACCAAGCUGUGGACUCCUUUAUUACAGUCUCUGAUUGGCCUUUUUGAGUUACCUGAGGAUGACACCAUUCCAGAUGAAGAGCAUUUCAUUGAUAUAGAAGAUACACCAGGAUACCAGACUGCCUUCUCCCAGUUGGCAUUUGCUGGGAAAAAAGAGCACGACCCUGUAGGUCAAUUGGUGAACAACCCCAAAAUUCACCUGGCACAGUCCCUGCACAAGCUGUCUACUGCCUGUCCAGGAAGGGUUCCAUCAAUGGUGAGCACCAGCCUCAACGCGGAAGCGCUCCAGUAUCUCCAGGGCUACCUCCAGGCGGCCAGUGUGACCCUGCUGUGAGCCGUUUUCCUCCGUUGCUAAGCCCAGCACGGUUUCUUGGGAGCUCACAGACUUCUGAGUACGAUUGCAUUUAACCACAAUGCAGGUUUUCCUUUUGAACGUGUCAUAGGUUCCAUCUUGUAAAGGAUAUUAAAUGUUGCUUUAAGCUGAACCUUGAGCAAAUUAGAUGGUUUGUGUGAUCAUAAAUACAAGUGGGUGGAUUCUCUAGUUUGCAGCUUCGAGGGAUGAGUAUUAAUAGUCCAGCGUGUGACAUUGAUUUGAACAUUGCAUGAGUUGGAUGACUUUACAUUUCUGCAGACACCAACUGUGGAGGCUUCUUCUGUUACUAAAUCCUUUUAUUUGGAAGCUGUUGCCAUUCGUAUUUCUCUCACCCUUUGUAUUUUUUUGUCUGUCUUUAAGCUUUUAUUGGGAAUGUGAGUAAGAAUCACUUGUGUAACUUGCCAAGCAACACACAUUUCAUAGUCUUGAGCCUGUAAUCAGCAAUAAAGUAAAGCCUAAGAUGUGUGUCUAAGAACAUCACAAGGACAGGUUCUCGGUGCUCUCUGAUACUUUUAUAAAAAUGAAGAACUUCAAAUUCUCCCUCUCCCCUCUGGACUCCAUAAAAUCCUGAUUUCUAAACCAGUUAAAUCCAGAUUAAUCUGUCUUUUUUGUGUGUGUGUAUAUGCAAGGGGAAGGGACAUGCAGAUUCAGGAUGUGCCCUGGGCAGCAGCACAAGUUUGGGGCAGGUGGUUCCUGCUGGCUUCACAGGGUGGGCUUUGGAGACGGUGGGCAUGGGUGAGAUGUGCCCAGCAUCCUCCUUCCUGCAGAUCAGAGGUGUCCUGGCCGUGACCUCAUGGAACCUUGAGGUCUAGGGGAGCCAGGCUGCACUGGCUCUCUGGUGGCCUGGCAUGCAGAGUUCUGUAGCAUUUGUCUUUAGGGAAUGAAGAAUCAGAAUAUCUAACUCUUGUGAGGCAGCUUACUUUGGAUUUGUUGCUUCUCCAUUCAUCGUGGUGGAUUUCCUAGAGAAGUUAUUGAUGUCUUUUUUCUUUCUUUCAAAUCUCACACACCUGGCUUGAGUAUUUUUACAUGUUGUUUUUGUAGUGCUGCUUUGAACUUAAAGAGUAAUCAAAGUGUAUUUCCACCAUCUGAUCUUUUUCAGGUUUUGUUGCUUUUGGUUGGUUUUCACACAGCAGUGGAAACAUGAUGAUUUUGGCUUAAGUGGUCAUUGGAAGGAUAUUGAGAUUUUAUUGGAAUCUAUUUUUUAAAUUACAAAGAAUUUAUAAAGAAAAACAUAAAAGUUGGAAAAGAAAAUUGAUGGUGAUCAUUUGAUGCUCAAAUUUUCUUGGCUUUGCUCUUGUGGAUGCUGUUGAACACUUAAAUAUGUGCACAGCAGGGACUGUCCUGGAGGACACUUGAUUCAGCAUCUGAAGCUCGUGAUGUAUCAUUUUCUCAGUGUUUUCCCUCCUCAGUUGGAAGAUUGAGUAGGUGGUUUAAGAUGCUUUCUACUGAGGCUUCUCACUCCAUCAUCUAAGGCAGUUUUCCCAGCUGACUUUUAAAGAUCAUGUUAAUACAUGGUAGGCAAAGCUGUUAGAGUGACGUUUUGGGCAGGUCUUAGUGAUUCUAGUUCAGUGGUGAUGCUCAAGUGCUUCAGCCAUGUGGAGCUGGGUUUCAGCUGCAGCCUGUCACUGUGUGACCUGGAGCAGCAGACUGGACCCUAUUCUGAAAGGUGAGCAUUUCAGUUUCCACCUUUAGGGUGAUUGCCAGGCUUGGUGGCACACAACUGUAAUGCCAGUGGCUUGGUAAACUGAGGCAGAAGGAUCAUGAGUUCAAAGCCAGCCCCAGCGUCUUAGCAAGACCCUGUCUCCAAAUAAAGUACAAAAAGGGUCAGAGACGUGUCUCAGAAGUUAAGUGCCCCAGGUUCAAUCCUUGGUACAAAAAGAGAGAGAACUUCAGCCGAGAGCGUUUUCAGAAUAAGCAGUAGGCAGGAAAGCUGGGGCCAGCAGGGAGCAGGCCGCCUCUCGCAGGUGAGAAGCUGUGGAGUGCAGGCCUGGGGCCCAGCACGGGCCUCACUGAAGGGGGCGUCACUGCCGAGUUCCAAGCUGCUGCUGGGUCCACGGGUUCUCCCUGCCAUCCGAUCAUCUCUUGUAACAAACUGGUUUUUUCCCUUCCUUCCAGAUAAAACUUAUUUUAAAUGUGUAUUUGUCUUUGAAAAUUUGGGAAAUACAGAAAAAUAUUUAAAAAUUAAAGAUCAUUCAUAUUCCUCUUUGAAA